GCACACGCACGCAUGCACACUCACCCGCGCAUUCACCCGCACACGCAGGCACACGUGCACGUGCACACACACUCACAGAUGCACACUUCCUGCGCAUACACCCCCAUCCCUCCGCGGCAGCCACCUCCCCAGUGCAGCCCCCCACGCAGCCCACCCCCCGCCCGCCCUGCCCGCCCUGGCCGCGGGGCCGCCCCCGCCAGCGCUGGGAGCACCCCGGGGGCGGGGGAGCUGCUCGCCUACGCGCCCGCCCCCGCUGCCGCCGCCGCCCGGGGCUGGACGCCGAGGCAUGAAGAGGAGCCUCCUCGGCGGGGGCGCUGAGGUGGCUUUGGGUCCUGCGCGGUUGCGGACCGGCCGCCCCAUGCGGGGUCCGUCCCCCGCGGCCCCUCGCCGCCGCUGCCGCCUGCGCCGGGAUGGAGACGCCCGGCUGCUGCCGGCGGCAGCUCCCCGUCCUGCUGCUGUGGGGUGCACGUCAACAGACUAAUCGCUGCAAUGAAUCUCUCAUGUUAGAAAAGUUGCCUGCCUGUGGAAAAUCCUUUGAAGAGAUGAUGAAGAAAGUGGACUCUAAAAAGUGGUGCAACCUGACAGAAUUUAUCAUGUAUUAUGACAACUUUACCCAGUGCACAGAACAUGAAGCGAACAACGCGAGUUGCUUUUGGCCAAACCCCCUUGCAGAGGGCUUUAUCACUGGAAUUCAUAAACAAUUCUUUUCAAACUGUACUUCAGAAAAGGUUCACUGGGAAGAUCCACCAGAUGAAAUUCUCAUAACUCUGAUCUUGAUCCCAGUCAUGUUGACAUGUGCCAUGAUAACACUGGUAGUAUGGUGCAGCAAGAGAAGUGAUAUCCUGGUGUAAAUUGUUCUUCUGGGCUUUAUUUUUCCUCCAUUUCCUUCUUCCAAAAACACUAAGAAAUGAGGAUGAAGAGAGAGAAACUCAACAUAAAGAUUUCAGAUCUGCUGAAAUGGAACCUGUGAGAUACUGAGACAGAGACAAUGCUCCUGUGAACAAAGAGGUGCCUGCUGCUGCUGCCAGAAGUCGGUGCUUGUGAAUUUGGCUGUUGGUGUUGCUGAUGCAAAGCUCUCUACUUCUAUUGGGCCUCAUCAUCAAGGAAUUCACAGGCAGCUCUCAGAAACAGGAAAGUCCCCAAGCAAUUGGACCCCUUAGCUGCAAAAGGGGUAAAGUUACUUUCCCAUGGGUAAAGCUGGUUGGUAAAGUAAGUUUUCCAAAACUGUAUGUAAGUGUAUGUAAGCAUGGUGUAACAUUGACUGUGGGGAAGAUGGUAUCUGGAGUUUUUGUGCAGGACACCUGAGGUUUUCAUCUGUGAGCUUUGUGACUGGGAUAGAAGAUCACUGGCAAAGGGACUGAACAUGGAUGUAACCAAGUGGCAGCUUUUCCUGGAAGCUAAUCCAAACCAUCUUUAUCAAGAACUGGAAGUAUUGUCAUGGCAAAGGAACAAUUUAUGUGUCCAGUGACUAUCCCCAUGGGGAAAUUUUCAUGCCACGUUUUAAAAUAGUUUAUAAAAUGCCUUUAAGCAUGGCUACUUGGAAUUGUAUGGCUUACAAACAAACUAUGGGAAGAUACACAAGUCUUAUUUUACAGAGAUGGAGAAUGUGACAGGAAAUUGGUUGAUUAUAAAUAUACUAAGGAGUAAUGAAGAAACUUUCAUAUGCCAGACUCUUCAGUUUUCCUCUUUUAUAAUUAUUAUUCUUGAUGACUUGUGUUCACUGUACACUCCCCACUCCCACUUCAAUUUGUGCAAGUGAUAUCCUACAAAUAAAUAUAAAGGUGUCAUGUUGAUUGAGGUGCCUUUCAGAGUAUAAAUAAUUCUUUGUCCUGUGAAGAGUGUGGGAACUCAAAUAUGAACAUCAAAGCUUGGAACAGACAUAGGAGGAAAGAGAAAAUAUUCUACUCAGAAAUCUUAUUCUAUAAAGCUAUUCCUAUGUAACAGUUUAAAUAAAGAUCAUAUGCCCAAAAUAAAA